AGGCAUUUCCACUUCAACUUGAAACUCAAUACCGUAACAUCGUUCAUACUGUCAACAAACCUCCACGCCCUCGCAUAUUCAAUCAAUCAGCAAAGUCGUCCUUAUAGUCCAGAAACCUACACAAGGUCAAUGUACCCUUCCAGCAAGAUGAGGAAUUUAUCGGUUUCUAACCCCUCCAGUACAAUCGAAUCAUGAAGCGGUUCAUUGUUGCGGCAUCUGUACUGCAGCUUGCAGCUGCCGAUUGGCAGUACAAAUCUCGCACUGAUCUUGCCAUUCCUCGCCUCAACAUCACCAUUCCCGCGGCAGACAAUGUCGAACAGGGAUUCCUUUUUGUUGCUCCUUUCGCGGGCUACCCAGACACUGCGUUUGAACAGCAUGGUCCCCGCCAGGCUGGACCAUACAUCUUUCGUGACAACGGAGAUCUUAUUUGGUCCGGCUAUGGAAUCUAUUCCAUUUGGUCUACCAACUUCCAGGCUGCUAAGUGGAAGGGUCGAGACGUGCUCUUCAGUUUCGAAGGUGACCACAAUGCUGGUUAUGGCCAUGGUCACGGUCACACAACUAUUAUGGACCAGCACUAUGAGACAGUUCGGGAGCUGCGCGCUGGUAAUCACAAGCUCACCGAUAAACACGAAUUCCAUGUCGUGAGCGACAACACUGCUGUUAUCCAAGUUUACCAACCUGUUCCACGUGACCUGACUGCGUAUGGUGCAAGCGAGGAGCAGCAGUGGAUUGUUAACGCAAUCUUCCAAGAGCUUGAUAUCACUACCGGCGAGUUGCUCUUUGAAUGGGCUAGUCUUGAUCACGUCGCACCUGAUGAGGCUAUUCUUCCCAUCAAUCCCGGCCAGGCUGGUUCUGGAUACAACUCCUCUGAUGCUUGGGACUACUUCCAUAUCAACAGUGUCGACAAGAACUCCGAUGGUGACUACAUCGUCUCUGCUCGUGACGCUUGCUCGGUCCACAAGAUCAACGGCUCCGAUGGUUCUAUUAUCUGGCGUCUAGAUGGCAACAAAUCAUCUUUCAAACUUGGAGAGAAUGUGACCUUCUGCUUCCAACAUCACGCUCGCUUUCAUCCCGAACUCAAAUCCGAGGAUGAUGGCGACGAUAUCGAAAUCAUCUCGCUCUAUGAUAACUCGGCUCACGGCACCGAAGACGGUCGCGGCACGGAAGUCCACACUGCACCUACUAGCAGUGGCAAGAUCAUUAAGCUCAAUACUACAGCUUGGACUGCGGAGCUGGUACAAGGUUUCUACCCGCCUGAUGAUCUCCGGUCCAAGUCUCAAGGCUCCACUCAGCUUCUUCCCAACGGCAAUGUCAUUGUAAACUGGGGUUCUGAGGGAGCUCUCACAGAAUAUGACAGCGAAGGCAAUGUUCUGUUUCACACAUAUAUGGACUCUGGUUACCUUGGUCUCGGUGUCGAGAAUUAUCGUGGCUUCAGAUACAACUGGACCGGUCUCCCCAACGAAGAACCCUCCAUCGUGGCUCUCGAGAAUGAUGAUGGCACCACAGUCUAUGUUUCUUGGAAUGGCGACACUGAGACUCGUGUCUGGCGCUUCUAUGCCGUUACUGGCAGAUUCGGCGGCAAAACGUUGCUUGGUGAGACCAAGCGUACAAGCUUCGAGACCAGUUUGACUCUACCCAAGCAAAGUGGACUCACUAUCGUGGCUGAGGCCCUCGAUGUCAAGGGUAAUGUCCUUAGAACAACUGCAAAGGUCAAUUCUGAGCGCGAGGUUCUGCCAGCAAAGGGUGGAAAGAAGCAUGGCGGCCUCCUUGUACAAGGUCAACAGAAGCCUGCUUGGAUGGAGCUUUAAAUCUGGUACUCCUGGGUCAACUAUGUAUUCGAUCAGCCCCACUGGGAACUGAAACGGUGAGUCUAGGUAGCACGUCGAUGUUGACUCAACCGAGUCAAGAUGCGAGAGGGUGGGUGAAUGGGGAUCGCGCGGCAAGCUGAAGAAAAACUGUACAGUAGCCUCUUCGUCG